AUGAAUGGCUUGUGAAUGGAGGGAGGGAAAGCAGUAAGAAAGGAGGAGAUAAACAGGAGUAAGAAGAAUGGAGUAAGAACAGUAUUUGUUGAAAGAAACUUGGGGCAAGAAGGUGGGCAUGGUGGCAGUGCUGAAGUUAUAGAGGCUCAGAAGACGAUGUCAGACAUGCCUCCUUCAUCCCCUCAUUCCCAAAACUGCUUUCCUGCCUCAUCCACAAGCUCUACACUGCCUUCUCCACCCAUCUCCCCUCUGAGGUCAAGGGUCGUCACCUUUCGCUCACCUGCAACACGUCACCUUUCUCAACUUGAUGCCUGGAGGAGGCACAGCUGGGAACCAGGAGCAGCCAUGCAGGGAAACCCAGUUAUGGACACACGGAGUGUAAGUCUGGAGGAUCUGGAUGUAGAGGAGAUGGCUUUGGUACUUGGUGGUGCACUUGGCUGCCACAGAGCUCGAGACAUUCGCAGGUCCAUCACAUGUGAAGGCUCUUUAUCUUCUCUAACUGAAGAGGAAGUUGGGAUUGAGACACAACCACAGAUCUGCUCAUCACUGGAGGAGCAGGAAAAUCACAUGUCUACCUGCAGCAUCUCAGCUCCAAGCCUCUGUGUGAGACAAACCACCAAAUCUUCUGCCCCUCGCCCUCACUCAUACUGUUAUGCUAAUAAUAGAGAAAGUGGCCUGCACUCCCAGACAGGAUCAACUCAAAGUCUAGAUAGUGAGCUUUCAUUGGUUCUUUGGGAGAUUGGGGGAGAAAGAGAAGAAGAGAAGUAUGAGGAGAAGGAGGAGGUUACAGGCAAUGCUUUUGUCCGAACAUUUAGCUUCCUGUACAAGAUGACCUCCAAUCGGAAGAAUAAGGAGAAAGAGAGAAUGCGGGAGAGAGAAAGAGAGGCGCGUGAGAGAGAGGCACGCUACACAAACGGCCAUCUCUUCACCUCCCUCACUGUGAGUGGCACCACCCUCUGCUCAGCCUGCAACAAGAGCAUCACUGCCAAGGAGGCCCUCAGCUGCCCCACCUGCAACGUUACCAUCCACAACCGCUGCAGAGAUUCGCUGCCCAACUGUGUCAAAAUGAAACAACGGCAGCAGAAGCUGGCGCUGAUGCGAAACAGCGCGUCCUACGGUGGAACAGUGACACUGAGGAACAAGACACAUUUAAAAGAGCGUCCAAGCUCCGCCAUAUACCCCUCCGAAAGUCUGCGCCAAUCGCUGCUCGGGUCGCGUCGUGGACGUUCUUCUCUCCUGCUGUCCAAAAGUGUCUCCACUAAUAACAUUGCAGGGACACUGAGUGAUGACUCUCCCUUGGGGCUGCGCAGGAUCUUGUCUCAAUCCACAGACUCGCUAAACUUCAGGAGCAGAACCAUGUCUAUGGAAUCACUCAACGAUGAGGGAGAGGUGUACUAUGCAUCAGUGCUGGAGGAGCUGGAGAUCGAGGGGCGUGACUUUGAGGCAGACUCUUGGAGCAUGGUGGUUGACUCCGCCUACCUACAGACUCACCGCAAAGAUAUCAUUAAGAGGCAGGAUGUGAUAUACGAGCUGAUCCAGACCGAGCUGCAUCACGUGCGCACACUGCGCAUCAUGGACGGUGUUUUCCGACGUGGAAUGCUGGAGGAGGUGCAGCUGGAGCCGGGCAUUGUUCAUGCACUUUUUCCCUGUCUGGAGAAACUUCUUGUGAUUCACACUCGCUUCGUUACACAGCUGCUUAACCGCCGGCAGCACAGUCUUCAUCCUGGCAGCACACACAACUUCACUAUCAGCCGCAUCAGCGACCUCCUUCGGCAGCAGUUUUCAGGCCAGUGUGCUGAUGAGAUGAGGAAGACUUAUGCUGAGUUCUGCAGCAGCCACUCAAAAGCUGUAAAACUGUAUAAAGAGUUACUGGCUCGGGACAAGAGACUGCAGUACUUCAUACGGAGGGUAAGUCGAGGUCCUCUGUUGCGUCGUCAUGGUUUUCAGGAGUGCAUUUUGCUGGUCACGCAGCGCAUCACUAAGUAUCCUGUUCUGGUGCAGCGCAUCCUUGACAACACGAAGGACAAUCCAGAGGAGGAGACGGGGCUGAAACAGGCUCUUGCUCUGCUGCGAGAUCUGUUGAGUGGUGUGGAUCAGCAGGUGCUGGAGCUGGAGCAAACACAGCGUCUGCAGGAAAUCCGCUCCAGACUGGACCCACGCUCUCAAGCCAAACUGCGUUCAGAGGCCAUGUUCAGACCUGCUGAGCUUCUGCGCAGACAGCUCAUACAUGAAGGCACACUGCUGUGGAAAACACCCAGCUCCAGACUGAAGGAUGUUCGAAUUCUCCUCAUGACUGAUAUACUAGUGUUCCUGCAGGAGAAAGAUCAGAGAUACGUCUUUGCCAGUUUGGAUAAAUCUACAGUAGUUUCACUACAGAACCUGUUGGUUAGAGAUAUAGCCAAUCAGGAGCGAGGGUUGUUCCUCAUCAGCAGUGAGUUCAGUCCACCAGAGAUGUACGAGCUGCAUGCGGCUUCCAAAGAAGACCGAAAUACCUGGUUACGGCACAUACAGCAAGCUGUCAGCAGAUGUCCCUCAAGAGAAGAAUUCCCAUUAAUUGAGACAGAGGACAAAGCCCUGUUGCGAAGACUCAAAGCUGAUAUCCAGCAGAAGGACAGGGAAGUGUUGGAGCUACUGCAGGAGCGAGUUACACUGUUCUCUGAUCUGGCUGAGGUCAUGAGUGGUCAAGAUGUGGUGCUGCCACCAAACUCCAGGAACCUGUUCAGAGCUGACACACCUCAGGCACCUCGAGGAGAACAGCUGCUUACACAAGCCAUAACUGAGGUGGACAGACUGACCGAGCUGUUUUUAGGUUCUGCUUUUGACCUCCCCAUGGGCUGCACUUCCAACGGUCACCACAAUUACACAGGGGCGCUAGUGAUAAAUGGACAGGAGGUGUUAGUCAAUGGUUUACAGGAAGCAGCAGCUUCUCAGGAUGGAAAUGGUAAUCAGCUGGAUGACAAGACAUCAAGUGAGGAAGUCUCUCAGCGGCUUGUGAAUCUCAGCGCUCAGCUUCACGCUCUGCAGGGGGCAGUGAUUCGGCAGGACUCUAUCGUGGAAUUGUACGUGCGUGAGAGUGGGACGUCUGUGUGUCGCCCGGGCCGGUCUCUCUCACGUGACAGCGCUGGUGAAGCGGGGUCAGCAGGUGAGUUGGCACUGCUUCAGCGUCAACACAGUCUCCUGCAGGAGGAGCUCGUACGCCUCCGAGGAGCUGAAGGAAGACUGAAAGAUAGUGAGAAGGCUCGGGCCCAGCUCGAAAAACAGCUACGAAACCUGAAGUCCAGCACCGCUGCCCUGGGAGAAAACACAGGACAUUCACAGGCGCCGUUACAUCGCAAAGGAAGUGAAACUGACCCGAACGUGGACACGCCACUGGCCAGCCAGGCAUCUAUGGAGCAAACAGACGGCCAGCAGGACUGCAGUGACAUUGACGCAGAUGUGAUCUCAGACGAUGACGAUGAUGAAGACUUGAAGGCGUCUCCCCGUUCUGAAAGCCCAAGAGAUUUGCAAGACAUUCCUGAGGAAAGUGAGUCAUCUGCAGAUGCUCGAGAACAUGCUUCACACUGCUAAUGGUCUUCUGCUGCCCAGAACAUAGAACUUGUCCCCAGAAUAGCUAAAAGACACAGUUGCUACUCUGCUGAAGAACAAUACUCUAUGAGCAAGUCUUCCUCUGAACUUCAAGGGAGGAACAUACAGUUAUCAAUAUUAAACCAUCUACUACUGACUUUGUUUCACAACCUUUAGUGUCAUAUUGUUUUAAAUUUUUAAAAAUUCCAUUUAUUUUGAUGUCAUUUGACCAAUAAGCGAAUGCCAAAGCAUUUGAUUUGAUUGUCUGCAAAUAACAGGACUUGUGAUACUGCAUGAAAAUGUGGGUGUUAUUUGGAUACUAAAUCAACCAAAAUUCAGAUUUUAUUUGUUACGACACAAAGAUACUGUAACAUGACACAAAACUUACAUACAAACCAGUUUGUAUUCUUCAGCAGUGAAAUAGUCUUGUGUGUGCAAACUUAAUGGUUUUGUUUCAAACUUUAUUUGUAAUUUAUUUAUUCUUCUUUUGCUGACAGAAAUAUAAACAUUUUAAGCACAUGCUAAAAAGCCACAACCUGGACAACAAAACUAGUAAAAUGUGUUUACAGUUAUUAUCACAGGUUUACAAAAGCAUGAAUACUUUAGUGAGAUAUAAAUAUAUAUUUUACUGUUAUUUAGUUUUUGUUCACAAGACUUUAUUCAGUACAAACCAGGUCGAGGUGUUUACUGUUUCAUUUAUAUUUAUAUAUAAUAGAAUAUUAUACAUUGCUAAGUAUUUCCAUUUUGGUUGCUUUAUCCUUGUACAUUUAUAUUUUAGUUUUUAAUAUAACAGUGCCAUUGUUGCUGUUGUCUGUACAGGUGAUAAACUCUGAUUCCAGGAAACAAAAUACAGACAUUAUUGUAUAAUUUAUAAAGUUUCUGUUUACUUAUGAAUGAAAGAAUUUGUAUGGAAAAAUAGAGAAAUAUUGAAAUGCUUUAAAUGAUGUUUCGAAUACUACUGCUUUAUCUUAAGACUAUUGUUUAUGGAUUUCAAAAUGAAGUCUUUAUGGACUCAAAUAGUGCACAAUACACCAGUAUGUUUCUGAAUAAUGUUCAUUUUACUUACUCAAAUAGGAUUUUUUUGUUAAGCACUGCUAAAUCUAUGGUCAAACACGUUACAUUCAUGAAAACAGAGUGAGAUUGUGUUAAAAAUAUUCUCAUUUGUAGCCAGAUUACAUUUAGAUUAGAGCCCUUUUUCACUUCCAACUUCACAAACCCACAUGCUUUCAUAUUCACAUGCUGGUAGCAGCCAGCCCAUGUCCAUUCUGGGUAAAGCUGUCCUUUAGCUUUACAAUUUUAUAUAUAUAUAUAUAU